CAACCGCACCGGUCGCGCACCACGUGAUAGCUCCAUUUCUACAAUUUAUUAUAUUUUUUUUUCAAUCACUGGGGAUGUUCGAUUAAUUGCAACGAUUUGUGUGGAUUAUUUCGCUGCUGGAGGGAUUAUACAAUUCGUGGUACUGUGGAAUUUUCAGCGGCCCUUGUCGCUUGUUAGUGGACAGAUUGUUAAUUCGUAAAGGGAAUUAAUUCUCAAACAUGUGGUAUCUUCUUCCUGUAACCUGUUGUCUGGCUCUCUUCCACACCGUCACCUCCAGAACAGAACCCCUGGACUUCACCAAGAUAGAUCGUCAAAACGAAAUGCUCAUCCCCUCCGAGAGUAUGACCCAACCGAAGGAUCUCACCAGCUUAAAACUUCUCCCCCAACGAUUACAGGAAAUUGAUUCUGACGGUGCAAGUGAUUUGCAAAAUUGGAACAGAAUCGGAAGAUAUAAUCCCCAGGUAUCAACCGGAGAGAACACGCCACUCGAUGGCAUUGAUACCGCAGUAUUCGAUCAAUUAGAUGACACAGUACCUGAGGAUUUUGAGGAAGUCAAGCUCAAUGGUCUGUCAACGUAUCUGUCAUCGCUGCUACGUCAGCCCUCCUGGAACACACCCCUGAUAAUCCUCGAGGAUCCUGGAAUCCCUGAGGACCUCCAGGGGGACAUGGAUAUACGUCCCAUCCUGAAGAGAUCGCGGUACAACAGUCGCUACACCUGGAAACGUCAGAACGGCAGUUGCUUACUUUCACGUGCUUAUAGAUCCCGAAACACCUAUGAUUAUGAUUCGGCACACCUGUGCACACCGUCUCGCGAGGAUGUCUAUCAGUUGCUGGUGGCACUGCAUGAUGUACGUCAGGGAAAUAAAUCUCGAACUGUUCAGUACUGCAAUCGUCGACGGCCUGUCAAUACUGUUUUCACUAAUAUUCGCUUUCUUGGUCGUCGAAAGUAGUUUGGCACGAGCUCCAAAUUACUCUAACAUCAUUUACAGCUCAAUGAGAUAAUUGUGGAGAUUGGAAGCGAGCUCGGGCUCAUUGGUGUAAUUAUCGACUCAUUAUCGUCAGUUGCAUUGCAUUAAUUCUUCUGUUGUUCAAUUAAAAUUUCCCACUUGCUCAUAAGAAUUAUUGCAGUAAUAAAAAAAUGUCUGCACGAUUUUAACGAUACAUCAGGCUUCUUUAUGAAUUUUUAAUGCAUACAAUUUAUCAUUGUACUCUGGAUUUUCCUAUUUGGAAUGUUAUAGUUUAGUUGAGGAAUUUUUUAAUUAACAAAAUUACAGGUGUACACCUCUGACUUGAUGCUCGCGUAAUUUUUCAGACGACCUGCGUUGAACUCGGAAGUAAUAGCGCGCUAUAUUUACCUCACGAAAGAAAGAUGAUUUAAAUGAAUCUUAAAAGUCUGUAAUCAUGAUGAAUCGUCUCGAUUGCACAUAACAAUUGUCCAAUUGUCUAUUUUUGUUGAAGUUUCAAUUGAGAUGAAACUACCGUGGGUUAAUUCCAGUCAGGACAAUCAAGGUGACACUUUUAAUUGUUGAAUGACGUUAAAUCAUCGUAAUCGCGUGAUUAAUGAACUAUAGAUAAAUACAAACCUCAGCUACUUGUUUUACCAAUUGUUGCAAAUUAGAAUCACAGGUAUAGACGGUGUCUAUCGAACGGCCUCUCCAGAAUGAUAAUUAAACGUUGAUGAAUACCCAUAAGUAUUACGAAGUGUCAAACGAUUUUAAUUCAGAUUGUCAAUAAAAUAAUUAUAAGUG